AUAAACUAUGUGCGGCCAUGUGCAGCAUUAGCCUAAGCACGCUUCUUAUCGUUACAAUGCUGGUCCAUGAGCUCAUCUCUAUGCUUGUCCUCAUAUCUAUCUCUAUCAUUAUCGUUUUCCCUUUUGUAUGUCCAUGCUUUGCCUCAUGUUGCAGGUCUACAUUUCAUUUAUUUAUUUCAUUUUUAUCUUUAUCAAUACUAUUAUACAAAUUAUUUUUAUUUUUUUCAAUAAAUUUCAUAACUUCAUUAACAUUCUGUUUGUUCCGUUUCGUAUCAUCUCAUAUAACUACCCUAUUAGUCAUAAAGAAAUAAACCUGUGUACUUCUUAUCGUAGUCUCUGGUUCUUUUGGUUCUCUUCUGACUCCGACUUGUCCUUACCUUGUCUUGCCUUGUCUUGUCUU